CUCGUCGCUCUCUCCACUACAUCGCACCACUGCGGUAGGAGCGGGGAAGGCAGCGGCGCGGGGACCCGGCAGCCUCUCAUCACUUGCUCCUGCUCCACAGACAUCCAGGUGGCGAGCGUCUCUCUGGCCAUUUCACCACGGAGGAGGACUUUACCGGGGAGGACAUAUAUCCAGACCUCCGUGACGGCGACGGAGGGACAACUUUUGGCUUUUGCCUCGCGCUUAUUUUUUUCUACCGCAUCUCCGUAACCUUGGAAGUCGAACGUGUUUAUCACGAGGGAGGAUGUUACCGCUACUCGUUUCCAUCGCCCUGUGUUUGGGCGCCGCUGUCCCGCAGCAUCUGAAAGCAGCAGAUGGUGAGGAACCAACUUCAGCAGGUCCUUGUCAUCCGAACCCCUGCCACAACAGAGGGACGUGUGAGGUCAGCGAGACCUACAGGGGCGACACCUUCAUCGGUUACAUCUGCAAGUGUCCAAGCGGCUUCAGCGGCGUUCACUGCCAACACAAUAUUAAUGAAUGCGAGAGGGAUCCGUGCAAGAACGGGGGCAGUUGCACAGAUCUGGUUGCCAACUAUUCCUGCGAAUGCCCGGGGGAGUACAUGGGCAGGAACUGUCAAUACAAAUGCUCCGGGCCGCUGGGCAUGGAAGGCGGCAUAAUCUCCAACCAGCAGAUAACGGCCUCCUCCACCCACCGGGCGCUGUUCGGCCUGCAGAAGUGGUACCCGUACUUCGCGCGGCUCAACAGGAAGGGCCUGGUCAACGCCUGGACCGCAGCCGAGAACGACAGAUGGCCGUGGAUCCAGAUAAACCUGCUGAGGAGAAUGAGGGUCACCGGAUUAAUUACCCAGGGUGCAAAGCGCAUCGGCAGCCCAGAGUACGUCAAGUCCUACAAAGUGGCCUACAGCGACGAUGGGAAGACCUGGAGGACUUACAAAGUCAAGGGCAAAGAUGAGGAUAUGAUUUUCAGAGGAAACGUCGAUAACAACACACCCUCGGCCAACUCCUUCACGCCCCCCAUCGAGGCCCAGUACGUGCGGAUUUACCCCCAGGUCUGCAGGAGGCACUGCACGCUGCGCAUGGAGCUGCUCGGCUGCGAGCUGACAGGCUGCUCGGAACCCCUGGGGAUGAAGUCGGGCCACAUCCAGGACUACCAGGUCACGGCCUCCAGCAUCUUCAGGACGCUCAACAUGGACAUGUUCACGUGGGAGCCGGGGAAGGCGCGCUUGGACAAGCAGGGGAAGGUCAACGCCUGGACGGCCGGACACAGCGACCAGUCGCAGUGGCUGCAGGUGGACUUGCUGGUGCCGACCAAGGUCACGGGGGUCAUCACCCAGGGAGCCAAGGACUUCGGCCACGUCCAGUUUGUUGGCUCAUACAAAGUCGCCUACAGCAACGAUGGAGAGCGGUGGAGCGUUUAUCAGGAUGAGAAACAAAGGAAGGACAAGGUUUUCCAGGGCAACUUUGACAACGACACGCACAGAAAGAACGUGAUAGAGCCGCCCGUCUACGCCCGCCUCAUCCGGAUCCUGCCCUGGUCGUGGUACGGCCGGAUCACCCUGCGCGUAGAAAUCCUCGGAUGCACAGAGGAAGAGUGAAGCCCCUGCCCUCCAUUUUCCUCGCCAUACCCCCCCUUCUUUCCCUCCCCCCUUAUGUUGAAAUACUGGAGUAUCUCACCCAGUACCUCCAAAACAAACUGUGCUACCUGUAAAAAGAAAUCAAUUUCCAAUGGAUUUUUCAAGAAUAAGUGUCCGGUUGUGGUGGGUUGCUGUUUGUUACUUUGUACAAUGAUUUCAGACCUGCACCCGAUCCACAUUUUAUCUUUGAGUUUGCUGUUCAGAGCGUGAUCUUCGUCUUUUUAUUCUCCAUGCUGUUCGGGGUCAUUAUACCUGGGAGGGGUGGGCUCGAGGGCGGUCGGUGGACGGUGGGUUUCACUUGUUGCCAUGGAAGCUAUUGUACAGUGUCACUUUUUAACGAAGAUGUGAGAUCUGUCUGCCGUGCUCCAUCCGACGUGAUUUACCGACGUCACGCCAUGAACUGAACUCUCACGUUUAGAUCACACGCAUCCGGUCUGCUUUUAACUUUGAUUUUUCCACUUCCACCUCAAACCAUGCUAAUGAUCACUAGCAUCACUACAUCGAUCAAAACACUAUUAACACUCUUGUAUUAUAUGUAAAAGACUAAGAAAUUGCAUGGUGGGUGAAUUAUACAUGUAUAUUAUGACAAAUCAUUUCCAACUUCCAGCCCUGGGAGCAAAUUGCUUUGAUUUAGGGACCUAUUUUUAUGUGCAUUAUUAAAAAGUUACAGCUCACCGCAAGAAGAAGUACAGCCGACCGACACGUGAGACAGUGAACAAGCGCCGACGCUCACGCUUUGUUGAAUUGACUAAAUAGUCUCAUUGUGAGUUUCCACCUUUUAUUUGUAUCUAUUUGAUUGUUGCUACGCCUUUUCAGCAGUUACUGUUUGUGCUUGUUGAUUUUUCUUUAUUUAUUUGGACGAAUAUGUUUCUCUGUUGUCUUGGAGUUAAAUCACUUUAAAGCUCAGGAUCGAUGUCACUCACAAUAACCCACGUGUGUAUAAUUGGCCAGCUGCAAAGAAUUGUGUCAGUUUUCAAAACACAAACAAACCUUAAUUAAUGUCUUCAUUUUCAAACGCGCCAUUGUGUCAGAUCUAUUAUGAGGAUGAACCACUGUACAGAGAGAGUCUGCGGAUCGGCUUCCUUUCAGGGGAUUUAAUGGUUGUUACAGCAUCACGCUGGUGAAGAAAUAAUAUUAAUAAUAACAGCGAUGAAGUGUUAAAUAGCUUGUGGGCCGUUUCAGUCGACAGCCGCUCUCUGCAUGUUCAUACUGUUUCAGGGUGCAAACACAGUUUACACAUUAAUGUUAAAGGGGAUGAAAGGGCUGCUCCGCCGGUGCCGUCAAAGCAUCUGGCUAAUGCGGUUUCGCUGUAUGGGCUCAGCUGUCGGCCGCGUCCUGCAGUGAUGCGUGGCGGCUAAAUAAAUGGAAGUAAACAAGUACCUGAGGUGUCGCGGCAGAGCCGGGCCCGGAUCGGUCCCGUGGUUUCUCCCCUUGACCGGCUUCUCCAGAGUGCUACAAUAGGAGCUGAAGGGAAGCGCGCCCACUUUACCGCGUCGCUGCAGAACCUCCGCUUUCGGCCGUUUACCCAUCCACUCGUUUUGUGUUGAAACUCAAGUGAAAGUAAGACGUUUAAUGGACACCUAUUGAUUCAAUGCGGCAGCCCUUUCAGUCCUGGCUUCUGACUAGGUUGGGAACACAAGUGCCACUUCACUACUUUAUGUUUAAUGAAUAAAAAUGCACUGGCAUGAAACGUUUCUGGACGUCAGGCACAGACCACAAACCAUCUACAUGAAUGUUGUAGUUGAAGUAACUGUGGAGUCUGAAAACAAAACCUGUUCUGAUUGUUAUGUAUCUGGAAAACUGGAACUAAGUGAAGUGUAUCCGAAUGUAUUCUGGUUUGAAGUACAGUAAAUCAUAUAUGGUACUAUUAUGGCCUCACUCAGCCUGUUUUCGAGAUGUGAAGACGUCGUGUGAAUCGGUGACUGUGACUCUCUGGGCUCAUGGACGCAGUUUAAGCAUAUUCAGAUCAUUUCUCACAUUUUCCUCACUGUUUCCAUUUUGACCAUAUUAGUUUUGCGCUGCCAGCGUCUGCUGGAGCAGACGUGCUUUGAGGACAUUUGCAUGUUUAGGUAAAUGUAGAAACUAUACAGUACAACAGAGAUGUUCACAGGCGCAUUAUGUUCUUCUUUCUGUACCUUAACGCCCUAAUAACCUUUACUUUGCCACCAUCAGCUGUCUUGUGCUUUGUCAAACUCCCACUCACAGGUGGAAGCGGAGAGCAAAAUGAAAACCAAGCCUCACAUAUUAUUUCUUAGUCCCACAGCCUGAGUGUCAUCACCAUGUAUAAAAUGUACCUAAUAUAAUGCUGUUUAGGUUCAAGCCUGCAGAGUGAGGAACGUGAGAAACUGUGUACAGAUCAAAAAAGAUGUUGCUUCAGACAAAAGCUUCUUCAGUUUGACAAAUUAAAACAUAUCUGUGAAAAUUAA